UUGGCUAACAAUGUAGGUCCGCAGUUCUCCAUAGUAGUUGUAUCCAACCCCGCCUUUCAUUGCUCAAUCCCACCCUCCUUACAUCAAUAAAUAAAGGCCCAUGGACACUAGAGGCACUAACAAGUACCAGAGAAAUUUGCAGGUAUAGCAGCUGUUUGUUUCAGGACCAACACCAUGGCAGGAGAUCUGCAGAUGCAAGCAAUGCAAACAGUUGUGCCGGCUAAGGCAACUGAGCCCGGGCUAAGGCACCUGAUCGAUCUCAGUGGCAGGAGCAGCAGGGAGCUGUUCACAGAGCACAUAAGCAUCAUCUUCUAUUACAAACAAAUGUGGGAGCCAGACAAGGAUGCAUUGAUUCUAGGAGGUUGGAUCAAGGAGUCCCUUACCAAUGCACUGCCUGACUUGCCUGUUCUCGCUGGUCGGGUUGAUGCCGAGGACCACUACGCUGUGAAGUGCAACGAUGCAGGAAUUAGGCUUGUGUCUGCGCAGGCAAACUGCAGGCUGAAGGACUGGCAAGAGGGUGUGGCCAAUAACAAGAAUAUGGAAGCACAACUUGCUUACUGGAAGGAUGUGGACCAUGAUCAUCCUCAGAACUCCCCACUGUGUUAUGUUCAGGUGACCAAUUUCCAAGGAGAAGAAUUCUCAAUUGGGAUUAGCUGCAGCCUCCUCGUUGCAGACCCCUUAAUCCUCACAAACUUCGUCAAAACUUGGUCAGAGCAUCACCUAAAGCUUGCUCCUAAGAGCAAUGAUCCCUCAAAACUUCCACUGUUUUACCGGCCAAUCAUAAGGAAGUCUAUUCUCUCCAACGUGCUUAAUGCUCCAUGCGGUUAUCCUCAUUAUGAAACUGUAGUUUUUAAGCUGUCUGCUGCAAACAUGAAGAGACUAUCUAUGGUUGUGCAAGAUGGCAGAUGUGUAACUGGCCAUGUUGAUCCUUUGGAGGUUCUUGCUUCUUUAUGUUAUGAUAAAGCUAAGCAGAAUUAUGCAGGUGAAGCAUCAGCAGCGUUCUCAUUAUUCAGCUCUAAAGACAAGAGAAGUAAAAAAGUCAGCUUGUGCCUAACUGCUGAGGAUUCUGAAGGCUUAUCCAAGGAACAGAGCGACAUCAGUAAGGGGUUGACAGCCACCAAUUGGGAUGCCUUAAGCCCUUAUGAAGUAGAUUUUCAGGGGAACAGCAAACCAGUGCGUGUCUCAUAUCUGAUAGAGCCUUUUCAUGGUGAAGGGGUUGUUAUCAUCAUGGGUAGCAACGAUGACAGUGCUUCUGAUAGGUUCAUUGGUGUCACUGUUCCCCAAAACAAGAUUUAGACGCUUACUUAGAAGUUCAGCAUGGGCCUGAAUUUGUUGGUUUCUGCGAGUCAUGGAAUGGGAUUCCUUCUUUGGUUUUUCUUUUCAGAAUUUGUUGCUUCAAAGUUCAAAUACACAGCUUGAGUGUGCACCUGCCAUCAUUUUAUUUUCAUGUAUUCUCCUGAUCUGUAAGUCCAAGGUAGUUGUGUAGAACACUAUAUUUUAGUGAUGAAUCGAAACGAAAACUUGGCACC